UUGCUGGCCGGUGCUGUGCCUCCGCACGUUUGGAAGUUAGGUGUUGGAGGGGCCUGGUCCGGUUACAGCUCUUGCCCCUUUUUCUACCAGCCCUUCCUCCAGGUCUGUCCACACUUUGCAGCGUCCCUUCCCCACCCGGGCCGCCGCUGGAACUCACGAAGUACUCUUAAAGAAGAGGCCCUCAGAAGGUUCUCUUAAGAAGAUAAAGAAAGUAGUGGAAACGAGUCUCCUGAGCUUUUCUGGCCCUAAAUGGCUGCAGAAUCAAGGAAGUCUUUAGCCCCAUCCCCACCAGACCAGGGUCCUGAAGAGGACCUUGUAAUUAUCAAGGUAGAGGAAGAUCAUGGUUGGGACCAGGAAUCAAGUCUACAUGAAAAUAACCCUCCUGGCCAAGAGCUGUUCCGCCUGCGUUUCAGGAAGUUAUGCUACCAAGAGACACUAGGACCCCGAGAAGCUCUGAUCCAACUCCGAGCACUUUGCCAUCAGUGGCUGAGGCCAGAUUUGAACACCAAGGAGCAGAUCCUGGAGCUGCUGGUGCUGGAGCAGUUCUUGACCAUCCUGCCCGAGGAGCUCCAGACUCUGGUUAAGGAACAUCAGCUAGAGAAUGGAGAGGAGGUGGUGACUCUACUGGAGGAUUUGGAAAGGCAAAUUGAUAUACUAGGACGGCCAGUCCCUGCUCGUGCACAUGGACAUAGGGUACUCUGGGAGGAGGUCGUGCAUUCCAAAUCUGCACCAGAGCCUCCAGAUACUCAGCUCCAACCUGUGGCAACCCAGCACAAAUCUCCAGUGCUCCAAGGGCCACAAGACAGAGCCAUAUCUGCUUCACAGAGUCCUACCCCUUCCCAGAAAGGAAGUCCUCGAGACCAGGAGAUGACAGCUACACUUCUUACAGCAGGGUUCCAGACUUUGGAGAAGAUUGAAGACAUGGCUGUGUCCCUAAUUCGAGAGGAAUGGCUUCUUGAUUCAUCACAGAAGGAUCUGAGUAGAGAUAACAGGCCAGAGAAUUACAGAAACAUGUUCUCCCUGGGUGGUGAGACCAGGAAUGAGAACAGGGAAUUAGCUUCAAAACAGGUAAUAUCUACUGGAAUCCAACCACAUGGAGAGACAGCUGCCAAAUGCAACGGGGAUGUUAUCGGGGGUCUUGAGCAUGGAGAAGCCCGAGACCUUCUGGGCACAAUAGAGAGGCAGCGGGGAAAUCCCACCCAAGAGAGACGACAUAAAUGUGAUGAAUGUGGGAAGAGCUUUGCUCAGAGUUCAGGUCUUGUUCGCCACUGGAGAAUCCACACUGGGGAGAAACCCUAUCAGUGUAAUGUGUGUGGUAAAGCCUUCAGUUACAGGUCAGCCCUUCUUUCCCAUCAGGAUAUCCACAACAAAGUAAAACGCUACCACUGUAAGGAGUGUGGUAAAGCCUUCAGUCAAAACACAGGCCUGAUCCUGCACCAGAGAAUCCAUACUGGGGAGAAGCCAUAUCAGUGCAAUCAGUGUGGGAAGGCUUUCAGUCAGAGUGCGGGCCUUAUUCUGCACCAGAGAAUCCACAGUGGGGAGAGACCCUAUGAAUGUAAUGAGUGUGGGAAAGCUUUCAGUCAUAGCUCACACCUCAUCGGACAUCAGAGAAUCCACACUGGGGAGAAGCCCUAUGAGUGUGAUGAGUGUGGGAAAACCUUCAGGCGGAGCUCACAUCUUAUUGGCCAUCAGAGAAGCCACACUGGGGAGAAACCCUACAAAUGCAAUGAGUGUGGGAGGGCCUUCAGUCAAAAGUCAGGCCUUAUUGAACAUCAGAGAAUCCACACUGGAGAAAGACCCUAUAAAUGUAAAGAAUGUGGGAAAGCUUUCAAUGGGAACACUGGCCUCAUUCAGCAUCUGAGAAUUCACACAGGGGAGAAGCCCUAUCAAUGUAAUGAGUGUGGGAAAGCCUUUAUUCAGAGGUCAAGUCUCAUUCGACAUCAGAGAAUCCACAAAGAAAGAUGGUAUAAAUGCAGUGAGUGUGGAAAGAAGUUUGCCCAGAGCUCAAGCCUUGUUCGACAUCGGAGAGUCCACACCGGAGAGAAACCCUAUGAGUGUGAUCACUGUGGAAAAGCCUUCAGUGCACGCUCAACCCUCACUGUGCAUGAAAGAAUCCACACUGGUGAGAAACCCUAUACUUGUAAUGAGUGUAGGAAAGCAUUCAGUGUGAGGGCGCACCUGAUUAUACAUCAGAGAAUCCACAAUGGAGAGAAACCCUAUGAAUGUAAUGAAUGUGGCAGAGCAUUCAGUGUGAGCUCAGACCUCAUCAAACAUCAGAGAAUCCACUCUGGUGAGAAACCUUAUGAGUGUGAUGAGUGUGGGAAAGCCUUCAGCGUGAGCUCAGACCUCAUCAAACAGCAGAGAAUCCACACAGGAGAGAAGCCGUAUGAGUGUAAGGAGUGUGGGAAGGCCUUCUAUGUGAACUCAGCCCUUAUUAAUCACCAGAGGAUUCAUUCUGGAGAAAAGCCCUAUAAGUGUGGAGAAUGCAGGAAAGCAUUCAGCCAGAUCUCAACUCUUAUUCUUCAUCAGAGAAUCCAUACUGGAGAGAAACCAUACGAGUGUGACGAGUGUGGGAAAGCAUUCCAUGGGAGCUCUAAUCUUACUAAACACCAGAAAAUACAUGCCAAAGGAAAUCUCAUUGAACAUAAGCAAAUUCAUUUUGGACAGGAGCCUUAUCUAUGUCACGAAUGUGGCAAAGCCUUUAAGUUCUCUGAUAGCCUUGCUAAACAUCAGAGAAUCCACACUGAAGAGAAAACUUACUGACACAAAUGUAAGGAGUGUGGAAAGGCCUUUGCUCAGAGCUCAGGGCUUGUUCGACAUUGGAGAAUUCACACUGGAGAGAAACCUUAUAAAUGCAAUCAAUGUGGAAAAGCCGUCAGUUAUAAAUCAGCCCUUCUUUCACACCAGGAAAUUCAUAAUAAAAUAAAACGCUAUCAGUGUAAUGAAUGUGGGAAAGCCUUCAGUCAAAACACAGGCCUGGUUCUUCAUCAGAGGAUCCAUACUGGGAAAAGACCUUAUGGAUGUAAAGAGUGUGGUAAAUCCUUUAGUCAAAGUUCACACCUUAUUGGACAUCUGAGGAUCCAUACUGGAGAGAAACCCUUCAAAUGUAAUGAGUGCGAGAGGGCCUUCACUCAGAGGUCAGGACUCAUGGAACAUCAGAGAAGUCACACUGGAGAGAAACCGUAUAUGUGUAAGGAAUGUGGGAAAGCUUUCCGAGGGAGCACCAGCCUUACUCAGCACCUGAGGAUCCACACUGGGGAGAAGCCCUAUCAGUGUGAGGAAUGUGGACGAGCCUUCAUUCAGAGGUCAAGCCUUGUUCGUCAUCAGAGGAUCCACAGAGGGCAGAAGUCUGUUUCUGUAUCCUAAUUGUAAGAAGGCCUUUAAUCAUAAAUCAGGCCUUACUGAACACUUUAGAAAGCUAUGCUGAAUACAGACCCAAUCACUGUGUAAUAAAUUCAAGACAUUAGGGAUGUGGUGUCUCCAUUGUUAUUCUAAGUAGUCAAACUAGAAGAGAUUCUGAUAUCAUCCAACAGAUUGAAAGAAGCUGGUAGCUUGUCACUGGAGCAGACCAUUCACAUUUUGGCCUGAGUCUGUUGUGGAUGCUGCUAUUUCUUUCUCGCAUUCUUUUGGUCCUUCUCCUUUGUGGUCCUUCAGCACUUUUGCUCCUUGAAGUCACUACCGUCACAUACCCUGAAUAACCUGAUGAUACAGUGGCUCUCAGAUUUUGAACAGAAGACCACUGAGACUGUUAGUGUGCAUACCAUGCAAAGGAGAACUUAGCAGGAUGAACAGGGAAAGUGAUGCUGUUGUUAACGUUAUAUAAUGAGGGGUAAGCUAGGUAAGUUACACUUAAAAGUGACUACUCAACGACACAGCUUGCUGUUUUGUUUGCCUUCUCUUCACCCUGUUGGUGAGGGAGGAAGUCCUACCCUAGGAUUUGGAAGAUGGCCAAACACAUGACACGCAACAGUGGACAGAUGGGAUUGACAGCAGUUAAUUAGCCGCUUAUACUCAUAGCCUAGGGGAGGAGGGCCACUUGGGAGCAGAGUGAACAAAUAGGAGCUUUGGGAUACAGGCUUUAUAGUAAUAAGAUGGGGUGAUGUCUGGUUUCCUUGGGAGGAUGUGAUUGACUUGUUUGAAUAAUUUCAUGGGCAGGCAAGGGGGUGAAACCCAGUAGGUUGAGGAGUGUAGCUAGUCCAGCUGAUGGGGAACGAGCCAAGUGGGGUCACUUCCUGCUGGGUGGGAGGCAUAUCUAGCAAGAGCAGAGGAACCGAUGAUUAGGCUUUUGGGUCCCUGUGAGGCUCAAAGAUGUCAAGGCAGCACAGGAAGUUUUAGGCCUUGCUGCUCACUUUGUCAACUUAGAAAAAAGACAUAGUUUUUAGGAAAGAGUUAUAAUGUAUAUCU